AAUAAUGUAGCAUGGCCCGCUCUUGACUCAUGCCUUGGUUGGUAAACACGUAGGUUUACCUGAAAUCCUCAAACCAACUAUCUACAGGCAGCGCCGUUCGUAAAGGGACCCUUAUCUCAAAUAUUUUUCCGUUUAAAUCGAUUUGUGAUUGCUAAAAACAAGAUGGCGCUUAGCGGCGCACCUUUACUCCUGGGACUAUCGUUAGUACACACUGUAGCGGGGUUGUCAUGGUGGCAAAGAUUGGCUCCACUUCAGCCAAACCAUUGCCCAUACUCUACAGAGGACAACGUUUGUUAUGAACUGAUCAAAUCCAGCACCAACUGUUCCUACAUCUGUGCUUAUGCCCAGCCACUGGUUCUCUACCCCGCUCUCUAUGACUUGUGUGGAUAUAACGAUAGGGUUUUCUACGGACAUGCCGAGUGUCACUUUUAUGAAUGUCAGAAAAAAUGCUGCAAGGGGUGGUCCAUGGAUGAAUUCGGAAAGUGUUCCAUAGAACGCUCGGGAAUUGAUUGUUUAAACGGUGGAACACCACUCGGCGACCUCUGCCUGUGUACGAAACACUUCACGGGGAAGAAUUGUGAAAGAGCUGUUUGCGAUGGAGAGUGUCUUAAUGGAGGGGAGUGCAGAAAGGUAGACCCAUAUCUGCCUCCAAAAUGUGUAUGUACCGCAAACUUCACGGGGAACUACUGUGAAAAGCCUGUCUGUGGUGAAGGGUGCUUGAACGGUGGUACCUGUCUGUCUAAUUAUUACGGCGUCGUCUGCGCAUGCUUAGAGGGAUAUUUGGGACCCCGCUGUGAACAAGAGUUUGCUCCAAAACUUGACAGCUGCCGAAUCGUCCACAGUUCCUAUGACACUAACUGUGCCCCAACCUGUAAAAGUGACAAAGACUGCACAAAGGAAGAAUCUUGCUGCGAUCACGAGGGGAGAAAUAUUUGCGUUGUGCGACAGGAGAAAGCGUAUCAGACUUGUGAGUAUGAUGGAUUUAUCCCAAAGUCAAGGUUACGAGUCGGCCAAGUUGUCAAGGACGCGUGGGGUAAGACGUGCCGGUGCAUGCCGGGAUACGUGGACGGGAUCGUUCAUUGUGGAGAUGAUGAAUGCGGGACAUUCGACCCCGAAGAAAACACGUGUAAAAGCCACGGUGACGGGGUCAUGUAUGACGACGACCACGUGAAAGAUGAGGACAUUGGCGGUGAUAAAGAAUACCACCCGCCUAGGAUGAUCAACUGUCCCUCUAAAUACAGCAGGGUCUUGGUCGAAGUCCAAGAACAUUCAAACGUCGGUCUCCUGUACCACAGGUUCGGUGCACGUGACUAUUUGGGGGAAGAGCUGCACGUGCAUGUCAGCCAACAGAAGUUCUUUGCCUGUAAUUGCUCCUUUGGUCAGCGAGUGAGAGCCAAUGCCACGGCCGUGGACAGACAUGGCGGGAAAAGCACCUGUUGUUUUACUGUACAGAUUGUUGAUCGCCAUCCACCAAAGCUGUCCCACUGUCCGACGGAUAUCUAUGCUGUUGUCGGAGAGCGGAUAUCCUGGACCGUCCCAAAAGCCACGGAUAACGUAGGUAUCCGGGACCUUUGGCUGGAACCGAGGGUUUCCGAUGGCUCUCGGAUAGGUCCCGGAGAUCACAUGUUUCGUUACGUGGCAGAAGAUUGGCAUGGCAACAAGGCGGAAUGCCGGUUCCUUGUCAGCGUCAAAAUUUCAGGGUCCCCAGAAAGUGGAUGGCCUACCGAGCUGAAGUCCAGAAUACAAACGGAUACAUCAGUUAUAAUCGGAGCAUGUGUGGUUGGAAUAUUGGCCAUCGCUCUCCUCGUCCUGAUGGUAGUGGUGUUCCGGGUAUGUAGACGGGCCAGGGUUUUCGAACGUCGUACACUGCGCAGCUUCCGGUCCAGUUUGUCCCAAACUCCAACGAAUCAGAUCGACGCAUCUUUGUCCGAACCUCCGCCGUAUGAGGUCGCUGCGAAAGAUAAACUUCCGGAUUACAAGCCACGUGACGACCCACCCGUGUAUGACGACAUAUGUAAGGAGGAUUCCCGUACUGACGAAAUUGGCGGCUGCAGUAAUCCUAUUUAUACCAUCUCGGGAUCUAAUGAAAGGAUCUACAGGGCUCCUGUAAAUCCCAAUACAACAACCACCGAUGUUUGAAGCACAGAAGACAGUGCUUUAAAGUGUGUGCCAGUGGUUGAUGAUAUAUCAUAAUAUGUGUUAUAAAAAUGACAGAAGAAACUUAAGAUUGUUGUUAAUGACAUCGUUUUGUAUAUAAAUAACUUUAUAUUGUUAAUACUACCAAUCAAUGUCUUAACAUAAAAAUUAAGAAGUAAU